CGUCCUUACCUUCUCAUCCCAACUCCAAUGGCUCCUCUUCGUCUCCUCCUCCUCCUCGCCCUCCUCUCCCUCUCCUCAUCCUCUACGAUCCCCUCCCGCUCCGAAUCCGGGAUCCGCCGUAUCUACAAGCGCUGGCUUGCCGAGCAUGGUAAGUCAUCCAACGCCUUAGACGACCAAAGGUACGAGAUCUUCAAAGAUAAUCUCCGUUUCAUUGACGAACACAACGCCGGUAACCACUCCUUCGUCCUCGGCCUCAAUCGCUUCGCUGAUCUCACCAACGAUGAGUACCGAUCCACCUAUUUGGGCCUCCGCCGUGCUAGAUCCAACCGGAUUCCCAAGCUCAGCGAUCGGUACCGGUUUAACGCCGGCGAUAAGCUGCCGGAUUCCAUUGAUUGGAGGGAGUUGGGCGCCGUCGCCCCCGUCAAGGACCAAGGGAGCUGCGGGAGCUGCUGGGCAUUCUCCACCAUUGCUGCAGUUGAAGGUAUAAACAAGAUUGUUACAGAAGACAUGAUAGUUCUAUCAGAGCAAGAGUUGGUGGACUGUGACACCACCUACAACAUGGGGUGCGGUGGAGGACUCAUGGACUAUGCUUUUGAGUUCAUUAUUAACAAUGGUGGCAUUGACACAGAGGAUGAUUAUCCCUACAAGGGCCUUGAUGGCUCUUGUGAUCCGAACAGGAAAAAUGCAAAAGUUGUAUCAAUUGAUAGCUAUGAGGAUGUCCCGGUUAACAGUGAGAGUGCCCUGAAGAAGGCUUGUGCCAACCAGCCUGUUAGUGUCGCCAUUGAAGGUGGCGGCAGGCUUUUCCAGCUAUAUCAAUCGGGAGUAUUCACAGGCACUUGUGGGACUGAUUUGGAUCAUGGUGUCACGGUAGUGGGCUAUGGCACUGAAAAAGGAAAGGACUAUUGGCUCGUCAGGAAUUCAUGGGGAGAUAAGUGGGGAGAGGAUGGAUAUGUAAAGAUGGAACGUAAUAUCAAAUCACCCUACGGCAAGUGUGGCAUUGCAAUAGAGCCUUCUUAUCCUAUAAAGAAUGGCCCGAAUCCACCCAACCCCGGCCCAUCACCUCCAUCUCCUGUCAAGCCUGAAUCAGUUUGUGACAACUACUACACCUGCCCGGCGAGCUCAACAUGCUGCUGUGUCUAUGAAUUCGGCAAGCUAUGCCAUGCUUGGGGAUGCUGCCCUCUGGAGGGUGCUACUUGCUGUGAAGAUCAUUAUAGUUGCUGCCCUGCGGAUUACCCCAUCUGCAAUGUUGAGGCUGGGACUUGUCUCAUGAGCAAGGGAAAUCCUCUUGGCGUGAAGGCACUGGCUCGAACUCCGGCCAAACCCCACUGGUCAUACUCUGAAGCUGAAGGCAAAAGAGCUAGUGAAUGAGAAGCUGCACAGAUUUGUUAGCAGAUGAAGAGUUUGUUUGAAGAAAGAUGUGCACGAUAGAAACCUUGGAUGCUGUUGCACCUUCUCAUUCUCUUCUAAGAUUAUCAAUCAAGAACAGUCAGAAUAUUGAUAUAUUUGCAUUAAUAUAAUUCUUGUACAUUAAACUAUGUUUAUCAAUGUUGUAUCAAUCAAAUGAACAUUUAUAUGUUUAAUCAUUUCCUGAAAUUAUGUAAAACUUUAUCGAUGUUGAUUUGCUGCUGCACUAUUGCCUCAAACUUUA